CUCGUCUAUUUUAGUCACACUCGGUGCGAGACUUUCUAUCAAGCAGUGCAUAGUAAUAUUCGAUUAGAAAUACAUUUAUAAAUAACGUGACAGCAAAAUAAACUAGUACAAUGUCUUUAACUGUUGGAGUGGAGACAAAAAUCGAUGCAGAACCAUGUGUUGUGGCUUGGGAUAGUAAACUAUUCGUCGGUACAGACACCGGCUCAGUAUUUUCUUUCGAAUCCAAUCUUUCGCCGGGAGCUUCAUGGAAGGCGCAUGAUGUGCAAUUGUUUGCUUUGUCUGCCAAUGACGGAAAAGUUUAUACAGCUUCAAAUGACGGCGGAAUAAGAAUAUGGAAUUCCGAAGGAGACAAAAUAUCAGAGUUGCCGGCUCCUGAUGCUGAUAUAGAAUCGAUUCAUAUACAUGGAAAAUAUGUGUACGCUGGUGAUGAAGGAGGAAACAUUUAUGUAUUUGAAAACAACAAUUUAAUAGCUAAAUACAAUGUUCUAGAAGAAGUGAAAGAUAUUGCAAUAAGUCCACCGUUUAUGUUUACUGCGCGUGAUCUUUACGUGACUGUAACAGAAAUUAAGCCUGAAGAAUCAAAAAGUCGUUUUGCAACCCGACAUGUUAUGGAAGGAAGAGCACCUUUGAGAAUAUCUGGAUCGCGUCUCGUUGUCACAGCUAGAGGUGGCAAUAACAUACAGUUACACGAAAUGGAUGUGGAUACCAAAUUUAAAAAACUGCAUGAAGUCAAGGUUAGUGACAUGAUAAUAACAAGCAUGUCAGUGAGCGAUGGUGUCGUGUGGACCGGAGGUUGGGACGGCUGUGCAAGGAGAUGGAAAAUCGACGGGGAUAAAUUACAACCAGCUGGAGAAAUAAACCUAGGCAUCUGCAUUAAUGCUCUUGUGGCUGUCAAUGGAGAUAAUGCUUAUGCCCUUUUGACAGGUGGUAAAAUUAUUUACAUAAAAACAGCCUAGGCCUCUAACUUUAUUCUAGUGGGUAUGUAUUCUUAAUAGGAAUUAUAAAUUAACUGAACUGCUUAAUAUAUUAAGAUUGAAUGGUUUCAGAGAAUAGGUAACUAAUAAAUUAAUAGAGUUUAUAACUACUAGUCAAAUCAGCGACUUUUUAUCAAACGUCAAAACUCUAAAGGAAGCUGUAACGUCAUAAGCAUUUGAAAAUUUAAAACGGUUAGGUUAAAACUAACAGUGGACGUGGAUUUUACAACUUUUGGUAGACCCUUUGUUUAAUAAAUCCUAAAAAAGAAUUUAUUUUUGACAUAGGCGCAUCAUCCCAAUAAUUGUAAUCGCAGUAUGUAUUAAAUAAAGCAAAUAUUUCUUACUUAGGAACUGAAGUUUUAUUUUAAUAUUACCAUAUUAAAAUAAUGUGAGCAAAAAGGCCAUUAAUACUAUUAUUGCAGGCAAGGUGCAGAGUAUCUACCUCACACUCUGCAUUUAGCGGGUACGAGAGGGUUAUUGUGGCUUAGUUCUAAAGGAGGGCCCCUAUUGCAGAUAACUCUGUUCGUUUUUUCGGUUAGGACAAGAAGCUAAUCAUUCUCUCUCCAUGUAGAAUUGAAGACAGACAUUAUUCAUCAGCUUAACAAAAAUAUCAGUCUACAUAGUGAGAAUGACUACUCUUGUCUUAAUACCACAGCUUGAAAAUUCUCACAUUACCUGGUCAUCACUGGUAGGUUGACAUACUACAACAAAUCUUUUUGGCAGAAAUGUGUAUAGGCAUUAAAUAUAAAAUUUAUCUUAAUGUACAGGCCAGGUAUACACAGAGCAUAAAGUUUUAUGUAAUACUACCAACCAACUUGGUGAAAAUAUGUAUUCUCUUUAGGUAUACCCAAUCCCAUAAAAACACGAAAAAUUCCUUUUCCAUAUUAUAAAAGAACCUCUGUGCAAAAUUUCAACUUUCUAGCCCCAAGUGAUUGGGCUGGGCAUCGAUGAGUCCAUUAGUGAGUUAGGAAUUUAUUUUUAUAUUUCAUAAUUUCAGAAAACUAGUUAUUCCUUUUGCAGCUUUAUUAAAUUAAAGACUAAAAUAAAUAAACAAAUUCAAAUUGUAUUCAAAUUACAUUCUUAAAUUUACCUAUCAAAGGAGGGUCAAACAUGAAAAUUCAACAAAUACAGUACCUGUCAUUUAACAUGAUUUACUAAAACAUUGUAAAUGUUUAUCUACUCAACAGCAUAAUUAAUU